UAUGACCGGUAUGAAUCCUUUCGUAUUUCCCGCGUAAUAGGAACGAAUUAAGUGAUAAUAAGCCGAAUGGUGGCGCCACAUGUAACAAACGUGCAUAAAUUGAUUACUUUCAUAAGUGAUUACUUUCUUUUUCUAAAUUUUAAUCUUUUUCUUCACCGCUUUCGAAGAUGUCUGAAGAGGCCUUAUCAUUUGAACCGAACGUAGAUAUAUCAGAAGCGUUAGAUAAGUUACGAGAGUUGGAAUUGGAAGAUGUUGGAGCAAGUGAGGAUGAGUCUGAGCCUGGGAUGGGGAAUGAGGACGGACCAGCACUUGAUGAGGAGCCGGUCAUCCGUCUCAAAGCUGGCAUUGAUCGUGAGAAGUUAAUGAAUGCUGACAAAGAUGGAGUCGAUUUUGAAAUUAUUCCUGAAGGUGUCAGUAAAGAAACCAAUACUUCAUUGGGUGCAGAUCGUGAAUACUUUGAAUCUGAGGAUUAUAAGUUUGCGAGUGCUGUUGCCGUUGGAGAAGAUGAGGAUGAUGUGGAGGAGGAGGAAUACGAAGGGCUCAGCCCAUUUGAGAAACAUAUUAAGAAACGUGAUAUGGAAGAUAUCACUUCCGAGAAAAAUGGUAAAGUGUGGAAGAAAGAGUUACAGAAAGGCUCCGGGGCUGUCGUCUCAGAUUCGUCACUGGUUAGGGUGCACUAUUCUGCCUGGUGUGAAUUUGCAGACGAGCCAUUUGACUGUACACGAAUGCAGGGACGGCCCCGCUCAUUGAAACUUGGCACAGGUGAUUGUAUCGUUGGUCUUGAUCUGGCUAUUUCUACUAUGAGAUUGAAUGAAGUUGCUGAGUUUGUCAUCUACCCUGAAUAUGCCUAUGGUAAAUUUGGAUGUCCACCCAGGGUGCCACCAAGUGCAAUAAUCCGUUUCCAAGUGACUUUGAUUCAGUGUAUUGACCAUGCUGGAGUGGAUGAGUACUUCAAGAUGGGCCCGAAACUGCAACAAGAAGUGCCCUUUGAACAAGUGAUGAGGAUUAUGCGAUUAGAGAGGGAGGUCGGGAAUGACAUGUAUAGAAGAAAGCAUCACAUCGGAGCAUUACGGAGAUACAGGAGGGCUGCGCGCGCCCUAGAAGACAGACACCUCGCCGAUGAGGCAGAAGAGGAAGAACAAAAAAAAGCGCUCCUGAAGUUUUUCCUCAAUAUUGCGCAGUGUUAUAUCACUAUGUGUAAAUGGCCGAAGGUCAUCACUUUUAGCAGCUAUGCUUUAAGGAUAGAUGGCAAAAAGCCAAAGGCAUAUUUCAAGAUGGGCAAGGCCCUACGAAAGCUGCAUGAAUACAAGAGAGCUCGAUAUUUCCUGCGGAAGGGAUUGCAAGAGUCCCCAAAUAAUUCAGAUCUGGCCAAAGAACUGAAAUUACUUGAUCAGGACAUCAAGCUGUACACUGCCAGUGAGACAGAAUUCUGCAGGAAGAUGUUCAGUUCAGCAGCUGUUGUACAGGACAAGGUUGCAGAUGCUGAGAACAUUCCAACGAAGGAUCCUCUCUUGUCAUGUGUCCCUGAAUUUCAGAACGGCAUCAAGAGAGUUCUAGCAGAAUUCAUCGCCGACAACGACUUGCAGGAAAUACCAUUUCCUUCAAGUCGUUUCAACCAGUGUGAGUUGGCUUACAUUGGAAGAAUUGCCAACAAUAUGGACCUGGUUGUGGUCUACAGGGGAGAAGGGGCAAAUCUUCUGAUUAAGAUCAGAAAGAAAUGAGAC